GCGGCAGCAAUUGGAGGCAGAGCAUGAGCAGGCCCUGGUGUUCCUCAACUCCAGACAGCAGGAGAUCAGCCUUCUGCAGAAGUCUUUCUGCAGAAGUUGACGUAAGGAUAAGAAAAUGGUCUAAUGUGGAAGCAGUAAAUAUUCUGGCUGGGCUGGAUAAAAUCAGUGAUAGGAUCAUGGCUGCUUUCCUUUGUGUCUGCGGCCUUUCAGGAAGGAGCAGCGACAGGCAAACAAAGCAAUUAGAGCCGACAGCAGACACCGGAUCAGUGCAGAUCCCUGGGGAGCGGUUCAACAGAGCUUUCACCUCUCGAACAUACACAACACAGACAUAUAUGCACAAAUGACUUACUGAUACAAGUCUCAUCAUGGCAAUCAUAGCUUGUCUAUGUACAGUAUCUCUCAAUUUCCAGCUUGCCUACAAACACUCAGUUUUCACUGUAAUAUUACUCACUUUACUUAUGAUGAGUAACUGCUGUAAACUCUGACUCCCAUUUUUGCCCUUCAGAUACUGAAUUUCCCCUCUGGGAUCAAUAAAUAUGUCUGAAAUUAGAUGAAGUAGCUUUGCCAAAUAAAUCUUGGCAAAUCUUUCAGAAUCACUGUGAGAUUAUAAUGUCCUACUGACGUUGCAGUUACUUUCUGAGGUUUGAGUUUGUCGGGCUUUGAGUGAAUGGAAUUGCGUUUGUACUGCUAAACUAAAUGCGCUAUCUCUUAUUUUCAGGUUCAAGCUGAAACUGAAAAAGAGCGUGAAGAAGUGGUGCAUCUGCUAGAGAGCCAUAUGGACAAAAUGCAGGUCAAGGUUCAUGACUUAGAGCAGAAAUGCCGGACACGGAGUGAGCAGUGCAAUAUUUUGUCAAAAAAGCUGGAGAAAUAUCACCUGGGGUCAGACACUGAAGAUACGCUCCACAUUGACUCGCAGGAGAAAAACCUGAGCAACAGUUACAACAGCCUACAGCACCAGGCAGAAAAAAGUGAUGAGAGAUCUGAUGGAACUCCACUGGUCUCAGAAUUGCCCAUAGUACAGCAACACAAGAUUGACAAGCCAGAGCAGCUGUCGGUCAAACCCACCAUCCAAACCCAGAGUCGCUCCAGCAGCCCCAUGCAAGCAUCCCUCUCAGAGAUGGAUGAUGAGGUGAGACCAGCUCCAAGAACCAAGGCAAGAUACACAGGUCAGGUCCGCCUCUGCACUGCCCGCUACAGUUAUAAUCCCUAUGAUGGACCUAAUGAGCAUCCGGAAGCAGAGCUCCCUCUUGUGGCAGGAAAAUACUUGUACGUAUAUGGAGGCAUGGAUGAUGAUGGAUUUUAUGAAGGAGAGCUGUUGGAUGGGCAGCGUGGCCUGGUUCCCUCUAAUUUUGUGGAAUUUGUCCAGGACAAGGAAAAGCCAUCUAUCGAUGGAGAAGAGGAGCAGGGCAGGCUGGAGCAGAGCUGUCUGAGCCUGACUGCCAUAGAUGGAGCUGCUCCUCUAGACAGCCUUAGCAGUGAUGCCCUCGGCCACUGCAGCAACGGGACAGGCGCUCUGGACCGAGAGGAGCUGGGCGACAACAUCGUGCCUUACCCUAGGAAGAUCAACCUGAUCAAACAGCUGGCAAGAAGUGUGAUAGUGGCUUGGGAAGCGCCUCUGGUGCCCCUCGGUUGGGGCAACAUCAACGGCUACAAUAUCUUAGUGGAUGGGGAAGUGCGUUCCUCUGUGCCAUUUGGGGGCAGGACCAAACUGCUUCUUGAGAAGCUAGACUUGGCUGCUUGUACCUACCGUGUGUCGGUACAGAGCGUGACGGACAGGGGUCUUUCCGAUGAGUUGCGCUGCACCUUGCUGGUGGGCCGCAAUGUUGUGGUGGCCCCCACUUGCCUGCGCAUGGAUGACAUCUUGCGGGACUCCGCUGAACUUUCCUGGCUGCCCAGUAAUAGUAACUACUCACAUGUAGUGCACUUAGAUGGUGUGGAGCAUGCUGUGGUCAAGCCGUGCUCUUACAAACUGCGUUUUGUGAACCUGAAGGCUGCCACAGUGUACAAGGUAAAAGUGUUGGCCAAACCUCACCAGGUGCCCUGGCACAUGCCCCUGGAGCAGAGAGAGAAGAGAGAGGCUGGGGUGGAGUUCUGCACCCAGGCUGCAGGACCCCCUCUUCCUCCUCAAGAAGUCCAGGUCCAGUGUGGACAUGCCCCAGGGGUCCUUCAAGUGCGUUGGAAGCCUCCUCUAAUGACACCUAUGGGAUUCUCCAAUGGUGCAAGUGUCAUUGGCUAUGCAGUGUGCACUAAGGGUCAGAGGAUCGCCGAGGUGUUGUAUCCAAUGGCAGACUAUGUGGCAGUAGAGCUGAACCGUAUACAGUGCUUGGAGGCCCGUGAAGUUAUCGUCAGGACUUUAUCAGCACAAGGGGAAUCUCAAGACUCCCAUGUCGCCGUCAUUCCAAACCACCUGCUGGUGCCUCCUCCUAAAGCCCUCCCUCCUUCUCACCACAUGCAGUCCUCUCUCCCACCCCAGCAGUCCCAAACGAUGCCUCCACAUCCCCAAAUACGGUCCCUUCCACCUCACCCUGGAUCCCAACCACCCAGCCAUCUCCAACCCCUCACCAUUAGACCCAACCUGCCCCCAUCUCACCUCCAUCCACACCAUAUGCCCCAUCCCACACAGCCCUCUCCACCUCACCUCCAGCCUUUACAACCACACCCAAUCCCUCAAACUCAGCACACCAUGCAAAUGCCCCAGCCUCAAUCGUCCAUGCCCCAAUCCCAGCAGCCCAUGGCCAUGCCCCAACCCCAGCAGCCCAUGGCCAUGCCCCAACCCCAGCCGCCUAUACCUAUGCUCCAUCCCCAGCCAACUAUCCCGAUGCCCCAGCCUCACAUUCCUCAACUGGCCCUUCCCCAAUCCCAAAAACCACUAAGUGCCAGAGAGCUGGAAACCAAAGAGCCAGGGCCAGGAAUGAUUAAUCAUGGAGGGGGCCCACCUCAGCCAUGGGAGCCCGGCUGCUCCCCAUCAGGCAUGCCCGCAGGCCAGCAACAUGGACACACCCUGGAUGCCCCGGCCUGCCCGAACCGCCGUUCCCCGUCACCUCAAAGGAUCCUCCCUCAGCCAAGGGGUACACUUAUUCCUGACACUGUGGCCAAGGCUAUUGCCAGAGAGGCAGCCCAAAGAGUGGCUGCAGAGAGUGGACGGAUGGAGAGGAGAAGCCAGGGCUUUUACUCUCAAAAUUCAGAUGAGGAAGAGGAUGAGGAAAGCUAUCAGGCCCGCAGAAGUGGAGCAUCUGUGGAUGACUUCCUCAGGGGCUCAGAGCUGGGCAGGCAGUCUCAUUACAGUCACAGCGAGGAGUAUCAUACUGACAGCAGUCGAGGCUCGGACCUCUCAGACAUCAUGGAAGAAGACGAAGAGGAGUUGUAUUCUGAAAUGCAGCACGAAGAAGGCAGGCGACGAAACUCCCACAAUGCACUUAAGACUGGAGGCAGCACUCAGUCUUCGAGUCAGCUGGAUCGGGACUCAUACCGGAAGCCAUCUCACCGAGGUCCUCAACCUCAGCGCCGACCCCUCACGGUCCCAUCCAUUGAGAUAACCACUGAGAGUAACAGUGAAGGGAACCUCUCUCCCGUCAAGGAGGAUGUUUACUAUGGCAGUGUAGCACGGCACAGGACAUGUUCCUCCCGGAGGCACGGGGAACGCAGGCCUCCUUAUGAUGGAUACAGGGACCGAUGCCGGCGUUCUCCCCCAUACUAUGAUGAAUCUGAGCAGGAGGAGCAGUUUCGAAUCUUUGUGGCCCUCUUCGACUAUGACCCUCUCUCCAUGUCCCCUAACCCUGACGCAGCUGAUGAGGAACUCCCUUUUAAAGAGGGCCAGAUUAUAAAGGUGUAUGGCGAUAAGGAUAAUGAUGGCUUUUAUCGUGGGGAGAUCCGAGGCAGGUCUGGACUUAUUCCCUGUAACAUGGUGUCGGAAAUCCGUGCUGAGGAUGAUGAGACCAUGGAGCAGCUCAUGAAACAAGGAUUUCUCCCUCUCAAUACCCCUGUAGACAGAAUUGAACAAAAUAGGAGAGGUCGCCACCCAGUGGCCACAAGAAGAAUGGUUGCCUUGUACGACUACGACCCCAGAGAGAGCUCCCCAAAUGUGGAUGUUGAGGCUGAACUGACGUUCUGUGCUGGUGACAUCAUUGCUGUUUUUGGGGAUAUAGAUGAAGAUGGCUUCUAUUAUGGUGAGCUGAAUGGACAUCGGGGCUUGGUUCCAUCAAACUUUCUUGAAGAAGUGCCUGAUGACGUGGAGGUCUAUCUGACGGACACUCCCUCCCAGCACGGUCAGGACGAGCCCAAUCCGGUACCGGCUCUGCGCCCAGAGGCCAAACGGGUGCCUGUGGAAAGUACAGAGCCAGCUCCGGCCCCUGGAAGACCUGCCUCUCCCACUGUGCGUCCUUUGCUUCCUGUUGGCCCAGUCAGGGCGCUGAGCCCAGCCAGGGGUCCACGAGACCUGGCGUCUAAAAAGAAAAAAGGUCUGCUCUCUAAGGGGAAGAAACUGCUCCAAAAGUUCUCAAAGUAAAAGUAUGAGUUUGAUUUCAAAUUCAUAUGACUACAACAGCAUACAGAUUUCUAUCUCAAAAGGGAAACAGCCAAUCCCCGAUGUGUCAACACAAACUAGGAUUUAAAAAAAAAAAAAUUAAAUUAACAUGCCAUACACAUUAUGAAAUAAAUCUAAUAUCCAUAUGAAAAGGAAUGACGUAUAAAGGUGUCACUCACAUGUCAGUGAGUUUGCUAAUUGGCUGUCAGAAUAAAAGCAUCCAUCCAUACUGUGAUGGACAAAAAGAUGUUAUAUACAACGAAUUAGCCUACUUCCAUUGCUAUUUCCAUUUUUAAAAUCAAAGUGCUGGAUUUUGAGCUAAAUAUUUAAUCUCAGAUUUUAAUGUUAUGGUAUUGCAUUUAGUGAUGAAUAGAAAAACAGUUCAAAAAGCACUUCAAAUAUGGCCUGACGUUGUGUGUCAAAUAGCAUUCUAUGCUAACCUCCAGACCAUAUUAAGUGCAUUAGUCCGAAACACAAAAAGGACCACAAUAAAAUAACAUGUUUCCAUUUAAAAGCAUUUUAGAAAGAUGGGCAAUGUGCAAAAACGCAUUACUAACCAGGACAGUCUAUGAGCAAAUCCUUUUAAACAUUGCUGUGGCCUUCAACUCAGUAAGUACAGUAUAUUACCUACAUCUGAUGUCUAGAUACAUCAGCCUUUGCCAAGUAUUCUCUCUUUUGCUUGCUCCCUAUCCCGUGUUUACCACGAGAAUGACUCUGAAGUUCAAAAAAUACAAUGGAAAGUUUCUGUGUUUGCCUUUCAAAUCGCACAAUCUGUGUGUGUUUUGGUGAAUGGAGUGUGUCCCCUCUGCAUCCAUGUUCGUGCAACCCCUUAAACUUAAAAGGGACAAAUGUUGUUAUAAACUUUUGUGAUAAUGUGAUGUGCUGCUACUUACAAGUUGUUUUCUGUUCCUUUCUAAAGUCAAUAAGGGUGGUCCCAUCUUCUCAAGAAGAAACAUUUAAGCAAAUAUUGUGUCUUGGUGUCUACUUAAAGGGAUAGUUUGCCCCAAAAUGAAAAUUUUGUCAUUUUCUUACCCUCAAACCUUUAUGAGAACCUUUCUUCUGUUGAACACAACAUGAGAAAUUUUGAAGAAUAUUGGGACCUCAUACAGGUUUGGAACAACUGUGUAAGUAAAUGAUGGCAAAAAAAGUAGCUUUAGGUCUAGCAGGUAACGUUAGUCAGCUGACUCUCAGCUGAUCCACGUCUACCUAUAGGCAUACGACACCAAUCACUGUAUUAAUUUAUAAGCGCCUGCAGUAUUAUCAGCAGCUAUCAUGUUUCUCAGGAGCCAAUUCCUUCCUCGUCUCCAGUCUAGAUCCUCCUCUUGUCAGUCAGUAAUUCAAUCAGACUAAAUUCUUGAAUUAUGAUAUAUAUUAAAAUAUUGACAUUUAAUGAUAUCUGCAAUACAUUCAUGUUGGUUCUGUUUACCCUAAGAGGGGUUACUGCUGCUCUCCCUGCUCUCAUCCAUGCUAGGUUGCAUAGAUGUGAAUGGAGUUCCUUCCGUAUGCUACUGGCCAAUCGUAUUUGAUGAUAGUGGUCUUGACUGAAUUUUCAUUUGUAGUGAACUAUCCUUUAAAUUCCACUUUCUAAAGACUGGUUUCCAGAGAACAAGUUUUUUUUUUUUUUUUUUUUUUUUUUUUUUAUACAAUGUUAAAAGAUGAAAACGCCUGAACGCAUUCUGUGUGAAUGACCCUUGAAAGGUUUUUCACCCCAGAAUUAAAAUUCUGUCAUAACUUACUCAUUCUACUAACUGUAUGAAUUAAUUUUUUUCUGUGGAAAAUGAAAGAAUUUAGAGAAAUUAUUCUCGUUUUUCAUACAAUUAAAGUAGUUCACUUUA